AAAUUUAUUUGUAAAGCGCAUUUCAUACACAAGGUAACUCUAUGUGGUUUGCAUGAUUAAAAGCAUUUAAAAACAAAGAAAAAAAAAAAAAGUUAAAACAGAGAGGAAAAAAAUUAAAAUACAAUUAAAAGAGCGUACAGUGCAAUAAAUAUAAUUUAAAAGUGGAAAUGCUCUAAAAAGCAUCGGAAAAAAUAGUUUUUAACCUGGACUUCAAAACAUGCACACUUGGGGCUGACGUCUCUGCUGUUGGCAACUCAUUCAAUUUGCGUGCAGCAUAAUCGCUAAAUGCUGCUUCACCAUGUUUGCUUUGGACUCUGCGCUCCACUAUUUGACCUGAGGCCGUCGAUCUCAGAGCCCUCCUGGGUUUAUAUUUCAUUCAUGUAUUCAGGACCUAACCGUUUAGUGAUUGAUAGACCAGUAGCAGAACUUAGAAAUCUAUUAUAAAGCUGACAUCAGAACCGCCCAAUGUAAAAACGCGCAGCUCGUGUACAGUAUGUCGCUCAAAUAUGCAAUCUAUGCACAUAUUAAAUGAAAGCUCACUUCUCGCUUUGACGACAGAAAAGCUGUCAUUGGUAAGAGGAUGUGCCAGUUGUAAAGGUCACAACUGUCUGUGGCAAACAAAUGGGGCCUCUAAUGGUUUUCUGCUGCCAGGCGUCUACGGACACAAAAGAACAGGUGCCUGUCUGAAUCUUGAUGAUCCCCUCUGAGUGAAAUCAUUAACUUGCAUCCGGCUCAAUUAAGAGGCGAGAUAGAAAUGAUUGCCUGCUGCAAGAGACAGUCAGAAAAGUCACACUUGGUGCCCUCGACAUCACAAGUAAAGGCGACUUUGUAAAUACUGCUGCUGAACAGCUCGCCCACCCACCGCCGCCCGCACGAGCCAAACCGCAGCUGACAUUUAUUGCACCGGAGUGAAAGCUCGGGAGCUGUUUACAGACAGAGUGCAGCUCCACUUCAAGGUCGCGUGCGUUGCGCUGGGUGAGGAGGAUUACGGCACCUAAUGGACAGCGCUCUACUUUAAUGAAGAGAGCCGUCGAAAUGGUAGGUCGACAGAUGAGCCGGUACCGUGCCACCGGUGCCACAUGGUGAGUUUCAACAGCUGGCUAAAUCAACCUGUGAUUGUAUUUGUUUUAAUGAUGGGUGUGGAAAAAUCAAUUUCGAAUGCAACCUGUAAAUGGACAAAGGUUGAACACAGUCUGUUUGUUGACGCUGGUAGACUUCUAAUUUGGUCAAAUUGAAAAAAAGACGGCUUGUACCUCGUGCUUAACAAUUACAUCCUCUUUGGGACAAAUUUGACCCAUUUUGACAUUUGACAGCGAUAAAAAUAACCCAAAUGUCAUUCUUUCACCCUGAAGUUUGAUGACAUUUCCUGGUCCAAAAUACACAAAAAUGAAAAUAUUUUAAAAUGUCAUUCUUUUCUACAGGAGCUACAAAGUUUGUGUACAUUGAAGUUCAGUUCCUAAAAUUGAUUUUAGAUUUCACAGUAUAUCAGGUUAAAUCAAUGAAAAUGGUGGUAAUGGUAGUCAUUUAGAAACUGUGAAACUAUACAUGCCAUAAAUGUGUAUUUUUAAUUGAAGGUAUUAACAGUGUUCAUUACCACCACAUUUGCACAGGUUCUCCCAGAAACAUGCAGCUGUCAGUCUUUGAAACGUCGUAGGUGAAUCUCGAUGCAGUAAAAGAGCCCAAGUAACGUGUGUGUAUUUUUAUGGGGGGAGUUUGAAACAUUCCCGAGAAGUGUGUUCCCACCACAUUUUCAAACAUUCCCACAGAAACAUCUACCAUCUAAUCUCGAAACGGUGAAGGAGUAAAACAGUAUCAAAACUGACCCGGAACAUGUGUGUGAAUGAAAAAUGCAGAGUAUAUAAUUAAGAUGGUAACAAAAAAGGAUAAUUUUCUCUCUGGAGAUCUAAGUUUCCUCUGUUAGUGCUGCUUGUAAAUGACCUCUGCCAAGCAUGAGAAACGAAACAGUAGUAAGCAAAAACUGAGCCUGAGCCAUGAAAUGUUGCCGCAUAUCCAGAUAAUUGUGCGGAUCAAAGCGUUUAGUGUACCUAGUUGUCAUGUUACUGUCCACCUGCACUGUCUCUUGACUGAUGAUCAAUCCAGGGUCUAUCCCACCUCCUGCCCAAAGUCAGCUAGGAUAGGCUUCAGCUCACCCUCGCCCCCAAUGAGGAUGGAAGGAUGAUUGUUUUAAAAGGUUCAUUUUCCUAGUAACUGAUCUACAAAUGAAUGUUCAUUUAAUUAAAAGAAAAUGUAAUCUUGAAUUUGUAUGCAAUUGUAUGUAGGACAUCGUCAAAGGUAUUGCAACAGACCUUUUUUAUAGAUGAAAAUAAGGGUUGAGCUAAUCUGCAGUAAAUUCUUGAAUUUACCAAGAUAGAUUUUUGGACAAUCCCAUGCUUCUAAUUUUCACUUGCAUCAUGUCUUCGCUUCAGUACAGAAAGCAACGUCCAAGCCCCUAACUUUGCUUUUGGUGUGGAAGAACCCCAUCAAGCACCGUGGGAUGAACUAGAAUGUCGAUGGUGAGUGAGCCAGGUCCUCGCUCAUGUCCAACGUCAGUGAUGAAAGUUCCCAAAGGCACACUCCAGCAUCUUGUAGUCUCCACAUAAGAUCGGAAGCUGUAAUAGCUGCAAAAGGGGUGACCAACUGCACAUUUUCUUCCAUUUUCACCUGCUGAAGGUGUAAUGGCCAGGUAUCCAAUUUCAGUGGUGAAUAUAAUCUGUGGCACAUGCAACCUGUCGAUGAAUUUCAGGCCUGUAUGGCACACUUGUAUGAGAAAGCUUCCUGAUUACACAUAAUAAUGAAAAAAAAUCACUUAAGACUUUCUUUGUAUUCCGCAGAGCAUCCGGGGAUCAUGAAUUGGUUUGUGAUCAAGGCCCAAUAUACUCAAAUCAUUUUCUUAUCAGCGCUUUCUGUCCCAGUCCAGCUACGGGAUGACCCAGUGAAAGAGGAGAAAUGAAGGACGGCACCUUCUCACUCUGGUACUUUAUUCUUCCCGAAAUCCCCUCCUGAUACCCAUUCUGUGAAGGUUAAUGGGGGAUGAAGCAUUUUGUCAUAAAGCUCGCAGCAGCCUCUCUUCUCGUGGCCUGGCCUGAGAGCCAGCAGGCGGGACACAAAGACAAAUUUAUUCUGCCGCCGACAGCCGCCAGUGAACAACUUGUCACGCUGGCCUAUUUUAGGACAAUACGCCUGCCAGUGCCAAGCUGCUGCAGGUACAAGGGCACGGCGCCCACGUGCGGACUUGCUUCACCGCCCUACUAUGCAGACCUUAAACAAACAAAAACAAUUUUUGUUAAACCAAAAGGUGGUUAAGGUCACACUGCGGAAGAAAUAGGAAGGUGGAACACAUUUUUACUUGGCUGCGAGAAGAAAAUGUUGGACCUUUUUUAAAUAGCACUCUGCCCUACGAACAAAAUAUUAUAUUAUUUCCUUCUUUGCAUUUAUAUGGUGAAACGGACCUGUGAUGGCGAAGAGGAAACGCGUGACAGGGAAAUUGAUCUUACUGCAAGGUUGAUUGCUCAUCUCUGUCCUGGCCUCUCAGUACAAUAUGGCCAAAGAUAUAAGAACAGAAUGUACACCAUUACAAUGAACUGGGUGAGUAGUUUUUACGUUUUAUUAUACAGCGGUAAAGUUGUUUUUACACUUGUACAACAAUUCAAAAUGUUUUAAAUUACUUAAAACAUUGCCUUAACAGUGAGUCGUCUUUCCGACGCAGUUCUGUUCUUACGCUCUUACCCAAAUUCGUACGAAAGUCAAAAUGUACCGUAGUGUGCCGCUAACCUAUGCAGUAGUAAAGCCAAAAUUACAGUGAAUAUUUGGAUGAAAAACACUGGUAAACCAUAACUGGAAAGCAAUCUCAUGAAAAACGUAAAGUGCAUAUGGUCGGCAGUAAUUGGACAUGCUUUCUUGUGCUGUGUGGCAACAUAUUCUUAUUUCUGAUUUCAAACUAGUUCAUUGUGUGUCAUUCGUAACCUCAAAACGUCGCAUGUUGGUAAACCCCUGUACUGUCGCGAAGGAUGGGUGAUACUUUUUAAAUUGUCAAAUUAAUUUAUAUCCCAUUUUACAUGGGAUAUUUUGGUAUUUAUAUUUUAUUAUAUACUUGGAUUGACUUUUUUAGGUUUUAAGUACAAUAUUGUGAUUCUCAGUGUUGUACGAUUACCACUAGUGGUAUGCAUGCUACCUCUAGUGGUACUUGAAAGAAUGAUGCAAAUCAAAUUUACAGCCAUCGUGCAUUCAGGCUGUUUAAACUUUUUUUUAAUUUUUUUUAAUUUAUUUUUUUUUUAAAUCCAGUAUGCCAUCCAUCCAUUUUCUGAGCCGCUUCUCCUCACUAGGGUCGCGGGCGUGCUGGAGCCUAUCCCAGCUGUCAUCGGGCAGGAGGCGGGCUACACCCUGAACUGAAGCAUGUGAUGACUCAAGCCAGCUACACCAUCCUAUUUUUAGGUUCUCCUGAUCUCCGACUCAGCCAGAUUGUUCGCUACGCGCCCGAGCAAGACUCUCCAGCACUUUUCCGUGGAUUGAUCUUCCGUUGCCGACCCUGUCGGCCCCUGACCUUGCUGCCUCAUCGUUCUCCCGGGGAUCCCCUUGGUCUUCUGCGCCUGACCACUAGUUCUGUCUCAGCACAAUUUCCUAUGAAAUGGUGCAAAGCGAAUUGUGAUUUCUCCCAGCCACGCAGCAGAGAGGCAGUGGCAAUACAUAUUAUUAACAUUCAUCUUAUAUUAUAUUACACUGGUAACAUAUAGUAUUAGAAUAGUUUUAAAAGUCUUGUGUACGAUAAUUUUUGCUGUUAAUUCUCACUAUGGAUUUGAAACAAAACAAUCAAAUGUCAUUGAUGUUAGACCAGUGGUUGUCAGUGUUGCACUAGUACCACUAGUAGUAUGAGGGCUCCCUCUAGUGGUAUGCAGUGAGUCACAAAAUUAAAUCUUCAAACUAGCCAUCAAUUUGGGGGGAAUCCAUUAAAGUACAUCUGUAAGAUACAGUUCAGUUGUAAUUAACUUAUUAAACUACAGUACAUUUAAAACAAAAUUCAAAACAUUUAUUUAGGUACAAGUUUUAGUAAACUUGUGUAAUACUUUUUAAUGAAAUCGUUGAGGUUUACACAUCUAUAUUUAAGUGCAAUUUUAAUUUUGAAACUUUUGCAAAAUGUUAGAGGCUUCCAAUACUAUUUAAUAUAGUUUUUAAGAGUAAAACGUAUUCCUCGUUUUUCACAAACGGUUUAAUUAUUUUUUUUAGAUGUUACGUGGUGUAAAAGGUUUGAGAACGAAUGGUCUAGACUAUGCUUUAAGAGAUUUCACACACAAAAAAAAAGCCAUUUACCAUUGAGGAAUUGUAGUUCCCACACUUCUAAACUACAGUAUAUUAUUCCUCUUUUUGAAGACUUUUAUAAGCAAUAUAAAAAUUGACUCAAAACGAUAAUUGACAUUUGUCCCUGAAAUUGAGGUACUGUACUUCGCUUAAAGCAUACAUUAGCUGGAAUUUUCCCCACCUGGUCAAGAGGCGCUAGCUCACAAGCUAACCGGGGCUCCUCUUAGCCGAUGAACGGACAGCGAGCUCGUCCGCGGCGUCCCCUCUUCGUUUGGGAAUUUAAAUAACAACAUGGAGGUGUCCUGGAAAUUGUGGCAUCCAUGGAAGAUGCAUUUUCUGGGUGUAGGCAUAGCUAGCUAGCUAGCUGACCGCGCGCUGUAGUGGUAGUAAUUAAUUAGCAAUCGCGCGGGAUUGCCCCUGAUGUCUAUAGGCGCUAGUUAGCGGGGGAUGCUAAAGUGCUUCAUCGGACAUCGUUUGACCCGCGUCCCAAAAAAUGAAAUGUUAACGACUGUUUGACGCUAUAUCUGUACAACUGCGUAGCCUACUACAUAAUUAUCAGUUUGUCGCACGUUUAGCAAUUACCUUAAAACAAUCAUUUAUUCAGAAAAAAAAUCUCGAAAUGCACUUUAGUCUUGUUUUCGAAUCCGUUGUAAUACAUUUUAUUUCAAGCGCCUUGUGAGGAUUGGUUAAAAUGACGAGAACUCAUUUUUGCAAAUACUUCUUGGUAUAACUAGUCACACUCGAUACCCCGCCCCCCACCCCCACCCAAAAAAAAAUGGGGGCGAGGGGAUGCAAAAGAAAGAUAACGUUGCAAUGAUAUGCGAUUUUUGUGAGCCGGAUGGUGUUGUUUGAAGACUGGUACGGAGGAGAGGAAAGGAGGGGGAGGCUCCUCAGGCUCCACGCAGGCUGCCGUAACGCGAGCUCACGCAGCAGGCGCAUCCGAACACACAGAUCUGACGCAAAUAUCAUCCGUUGCACGCUUUGACAACAUUUUUCAUGGUUGCGCCUGUUUCUUCUCUCCCUUCUCUAAGGAGAAAAGCCACACCAGCGCGUAUACGGAACCAGAAGCGCGAUCAUCCUCUCCAGCCGACUGAUUAUGGUCAUGUUGCAAGGUUCUUGUGACCCCAUGUGCCUCGAUCCUAAUCUGAAGUCCUGAUCCAUCUUAAUACUUUGGCCAUCGCGUCCUCUGAAAGGAUGUGAGCUGUGUCAGAAAACGGGAGACAAAAGCAAUAAGUCCUGGGAAAAGUGUGAUCGCAUGGCCGCUAUGGACGGACGGCUCCACUGAUACCAGACUGCGCCGGCUUUCUUUGGACGUAAACCAAGAAUGUCUUCCAUAUAGCCACUUACUCUACAAUAUGUGUGAACCAGCAAACAAGACAUUGAUCCCUUCACAUCUCCUCCUCCCUCUCAUCCCCCUCCCCGUUGCCGCACUUCACUGGCAGAGAGGAUGGUGUUGUUUCUGAUCGGGAUCUCUGCAGUUGUGAACAUUUCAUCUCAUGACAACCAAACGGCAGGUAACCCCAGCCACCAGGUGGGUGCUCAUGUUCUGCCCUCCACGUUGAUCUUGUCCCUUGUGCUCAUCUUUGUCGUCCUACUCACAAUUUACUGCCUCAGGUUCAAGAACCACAGGAAAGCUCUGGUUACCUCGGUGGAUAAAAAGCUUCCAAAUGGCUUCCUGGAGGAACAAGGAGAGCAAAGAGUGGUCCUCCUCCCCAGAUCCCCCUCACCCUCCAAGAGGUACUUCUCCAUCCCGCUGGACGAGCUGGAGGAGGAGUACCGUGUGCGCUCUGCCGACGACGGCAAGCUCUUCCGAGAGGAGUUCAAUUCGCUGCCCUGUUACUACCGCCACGGGUCCUUUGAGGAGGCCAGCAAGGAGCACAACAGAGACAAAAACAGAUACCCCAACAUUUUACCAUACGACCACUCAAGAGUGGUAUUGAGCAGUCACGGCGGACAUGUGUGUUCAGACUACAUCAACGCAUCUUACAUAGAUGGUUUUAAGCAAAAGAAGAAAUUCAUUGCCGCUCAAGGUCCAAAGCUGGAGACAGUGGCUGACUUCUGGCGCAUGAUUUGGGAGCAGAAGACGGCAACUAUAGUGAUGCUGACCAAUCUGAAAGAAAGGAAAGAGGACAAAUGUUUCCAGUACUGGCCCGAAAAAGGCUGCUGGAUGUACGGCAACAUCAGGGUGGCCACGGAGGACGUCACCAUGCUGGUGGACUACACUGUUCGGAAAUUCUGCGUUCAAUAUCAGGGCAGUGAUGGGCAGCGGGCCCCGUGCCUGGUCACUCAACUCCACUUUACCAGCUGGCCAGACUUCGGGGUGCCGUUCUCGCCCAUAGGCAUGCUGAAAUUCCUCAAGAAGGUCAAGGCCGUCAACCCGGCCUACGCUGGACCCAUUGUGGUGCACUGCAGCGCGGGCGUGGGCAGGACGGGCACAUUCAUUGUCAUUGACAGCAUGAUCGACAUGAUCCACAUGGAGCAGAGGGUGGACGUCUUCGGCUUUGUGAGCAGAAUACGAGAGCAGCGCUGUCAACUCAUCCAGACCGAUAUGCAGUACUCUUUCAUCUACCAGGCCCUGUUGGAGUACUACCUGUACGGCGAUACUGAGCUGGACGUGUGCUCUCUGGAGGGACAUCUGCAUGGGCUUCACAACACCAGGGCCCCCCACGACAGACUGGGCCUGGAGGAGGAGUUCCGGAAGCUGACCAACGUGCGCAUAAUGAAGGAGAACAUGAGAACGGGGAACCACCCAGCCAACAUGAAGAAGAACCGCGUGCUUCAGAUCAUCCCAUAUGAUUUCAACCGAGUCAUACUUUCAGUGAAAAGAGGCCAGGAGUUCACCGACUACAUCAAUGCCUCCUUUAUUGACGGCUACAGGCAGAAGGACUAUUUCAUCGCAACCCAGGCCCCCCUGUCUCACACGGCGGAGGACUUCUGGAGGAUGGUGUGGGAGUGGAGGUGCCACUCGAUUGUUAUGCUCACUGAACUAAAGGAGAGGGAGCAGGAAAAGUGUUUCCAGUAUUGGCCAUCAGAGGGCAGUGUGACAUUUGGAGACUACACGGUGGAGCUGAGUGGAGACUCACAGGGCGAAACCUUCACUCUCAAAGACUUGGUGCUCACCUGCAGACCAGAGAACCGGUCUCAACACGUCCGUCAUUUCCACUUCCACGGCUGGCCUGAGAUCGGAAUACCGGCGGAGGGCCGAGGCAUGAUUGACAUCGUGGCCUCGGUGCAGAGGCAGCAGCAGCAGUCUGGAAACCGUCCCAUCGUCGUGCACUGCAGUGCUGGCGCUGGUCGGACGGGCACCUUCAUCGCCCUCAGUAACAUUUUGGAGCGCGUGAAGGCUGAAGGCCUGCUGGACGUCUUCCAGACCGUCAAGAGUUUACGCAUGCAGCGGCCGCAUAUGGUGCAGACCGUGGAGCAGUACGACUUCUGUUACCGGGUGGUGCAGGAUUUUGUCGACAUUUUCUCAGACUACGCCAACUUUAAGUAACGCACUCCUCCCGUCUGCUUAACAAUUAACUUAUGCAAUUGACUUGUUUUUUUUCUUGGUUUGUUGAAUGUACAUUUUCUAAAGUCAUACUUUAAUAUAAACAAACAUAUCUGUCCUUCUGCGGAUGUCUUUUAGAUUACAUUUUACUUGAAAAUAUUGACUUAGUAUAAUAAAAUACGUAGAGUAACUUUAUGUGAAUACAGUGGUGCCUUGGGAUACCGAUGGCCCGACUUAGGAGUUUUUCAAAUAAGAGCCUCCGUUAAUAUCAGAUAUAUAUUAUUUAGUUUUGCUUUGCUUUGCGACAAACGACUGAUAUUACUGCAGCUUACGGAGUCACUUGCAGUUGUUGUGAAACUCUUCCUUCGCCAUGACUGUUAUACUGCCCCCUUGUGACCAAGUCAUGAACACCAGAAGGAGCUGUAAUUAAUUAAUAAUGAUGCAAAAAAAUGAAUUCUGUAAAUUCUAUUUAAUUGUUAUUCUAUGUUUUUAUAAAGUACAUUCUCACAGAGUGCUGUUUUCCUUAUUGAAAAACAUAAGUUUUUUUCAUUGGCGAAGGAAUUGAACUCGUAUCUCAAGGCACCACUAUAUACAGGUGCAUCGCAAUGAAUUUGAAUAUCAAAGAAAAGUCAGAAAAGGUUCAGUAAAUCAAACCAAAAAGUGAAACUCAUAUUACAUAGAUUCAUUAAAAACAUAAAUACUUUUUCCGAAGGACAAUUACUCAGUAACUUCCAUAUUAAAAAUAAUUGUGAUUGUUUCUUAGGUAAUAUUUAAAUUUCUUGAGAUGGUUAAAUUCAGCUACGAUGAACAAAAAAUAUUUAAAAAAUCCGACUCUACAUGAUGAGAUGCACUUUUUGAAUUGAACUACUAAACAUGAAUUGAGUUUUCCACAAUAUUCAAAUUCAUUGAGAUGCACCUCUAUGAAUCGCUCACUUGCUACCUAAAAUGCGUCACUAUUGAAUUGCAUUCUCGACUAUAUACGCUUUACCUUUGUAUUAACCACAAUGCCUUUUCUUUCCAUGCAUAUUUAUAUUUUCUCUUAGCAAAUACGUUCAAUGUGUUUGGAGGGUAAAAUUUAAAAAGUAGCAUUAAUGACGUUCUGCCUCAAACAAUGUAAACUGCAUUAGAUUCUGUCGGUAAAAGUCUUCACUUGGUCUCGUAUGAAUAACUUAGCAGUGGCUGUCUGUUGUCGUUUGAUUCAACGUGGCCAACUUUCUUCUCUCGCCCGUGGCCAUGUUACUUAGUGCUUGGGUGCCUGACACUGCAAAAUGCCAUUAACCUAUAUUGAAAAUAAUGUCUAAUCACUCCAAGGAAAACAUGUCAUUCAUAGAUGUUUUUUUCCUUCAGCUGCCAAGUAUCAUAUUCCGCUAUUUAUUUUUUAUUUUUUUCUAAACAUGCUUGCCAUUUCUCCGGCAUGCAUGUUUGAUUAGAGGCUCAGAAAAACACUUCUAAUCGUGAAAUAUUUGUCACCGAGUGACACGGUGUUCAGUUUUUAACGACAACCAGAAGACAUUUUGAACUUUUACUGCUUUUAAAUCAGCGGUUUAAUAUUUAGCAACCAUGUAUUAUGUAUGAUAUUUUUUGGUGAGUAAUUUAACGACUAUUAUGACUGAUGUACUUUAUAAUGGACAAACAAGGGUGUUGCUCUUAAGAACUAACUGCAUUUUUUUUCCACACACAUUUUGACAAGAAUAGCAAGUAGUUUAGUUCUACAUUGAAUGAAAAUAAACACUGUUUUUGCUCUCAUCUCAAAGGUCUGGUCAAGAGGGGGUCUCAAAACUGGACUUUUAUACCUUCUUGCAGACAAGCGAUCAAUACAUAAAGUACACUACUGACAAACACAAGUCAGGUGGUCGUAGAAAGAAAUUAACAAGCACCUCUGCCAUAUUGUUCUUGAGCAGACAAACUGCAGUCACUUCUUGUGUAUUCUUCUUAAACCAACUGUUGCAAUUCAGAAAACCAGUCAGUAUGUCUUUUAUUGUAGGCAGCCUAAGGCACACCUGUGCGAUAAUCAUGCUGUCCAAUCAGCAUCUUGAUAUGCCACACCCCUUAAAUGGAUGGAUUAUCUCAGCAAAAGAAAAGUGCUCACUAGCACAUUUAGACAGAGUUGUGAGCCAAAUUUGAGAGAAAUAGGCCUUUUGUGUACAUAGUCUUAGAUGCUCUAAGUUCAGCUCAUGAAAAAUGGGAGCAAAACGAAAGUGUUGCAUUUAUAUUUUUGUUUAACGUAUCAUCAAACAGGAGACUGCUCAACAUUUCUAAAAAUGAAUAAAUAAACGUAUGCAGUCUAUUUUUGCAAUGCCAAGACUGCUGCUUACAUUUAACGCGCAGUAAGCUCGGAAGAACUUUGUACUAUUGCAUUUCUAGAUAAGUCAUUUUUGUGUGUUGUGGUCGUCACGAAGCUUCACUCGAGUGCUCUCAUUUGAAUUCAGAAUAAUUGUAAUAGCUUCGAGGGCUUGUAAGCUACUACAAAAAAGAAAAAGAAAGUUGUUUCCAUGGAACUUUCUGCCUUUUUGGAGUCUCUUGUACAAAGUUGAUUCUAAUAAAUAAUACAUGGGAGAGAAGUGUCUGCGCUGUUUGUCUUGCUCCCAACAGGUGCACACGCACACAAAUACAU